AUGCUCUGCUACCGAGGAACUUGCGUGCCAAACCACGGGUUUUACCAUGGAGAAGCCACUGUGACAGCGAGUAUAGGGAAGCUGCUGUCUUUGGGGUCACUUGUGCUGGCGACUUGCAAACUGGGACAAAAUUGCCUGCGAAGGUACCCGCGCGCGUCUGAGCGGCCGGCACGUGUGAUGCGGUUGACCGGGCCUUUCUGCGAAAUGUUCCUGGAAAGACCUCGUACCAAUGGCUGCAUCAUACCUGGAGGGAAGCGGUUAGAGGGUGCGAAUAGCUCCAUGCGCAGCGGUUCCAGCCUUGGCGUGCUUUCUGCGACUGGGCCUGCUUGCAAUACCGGAUCGAUACGUUGA